AUGGGGUUUCCCCCGAGAAACUCGGCGAGAAACCCCAUCCCUCUCAUUCCCCCGAGAAACUUCAUCCUCCCCCAGGCAUCAGCUCACCUCGGGGGGUCUGCCCCGAGGAAGUGCCCUUCGCAGCGAGGGGGGCUGUGGAAUCCUCCCCGAGCAGGCGCUGGGGUCAAGCGGCCCGAAGGGACGGCGGGGCUGGGAACUCCGCUUCACGGACAAAGCCAAGUUCCUGAAGUUGUUUGGUGUGGGAGAAUCGCUGAAUCCCUGCACGUGUGUAACCAUGGCGGUGAUGUGAAGCAAUUGCCGUUGAACAGACUCAACGCUUCGCGGGAGGUAGCCCCAGUAACCCUCCCGAACUGCCGCCUCAUCAAAGGCAUCGAAUCUGGUUCAGAAGACAUUGAAAUACUUCCCAAUGGGCUGGCUUUCAUCAGCUCCGGCUUGAAAUAUCCAGGAAUGAAGAGCUUUGCACCGGAAAAACCAGGUGAAAUAUUCUUGAUGGAUUUGAAUGAAGACAAGCCCAGAGCAGUGGGACUGAGAAUCAGCCGAGGAUUUGAUCUGGCGUCAUUUAGCCCUCAUGGAAUCAGCAUCUAUGUAGACAGAGACGACACCGUGUACCUCUUUGUUGUGAACCAUCCCCAUCAGAAGAGCACAGUAGAAUUGUUUAAAUUUGUAGAAGAUGACAAUUCUCUUGUACACCUGAAAACCAUUCAACACGACCUUCUGACAAGUGUGAAUGAUGUAGUAGCUGUGGGUCCAGACAGCUUCUAUGCCACCAAUGACCACUACUUCUUUGACUUCAUCUUGAUGUUCUUGGAGAUGUUCUUGGGUUUAACUUGGUCAAAUGUUGUUUACUACAGUCCAAAAGAAGUUAAAGAAGUAGCAGCUGGGUUUUAUUCAGCCAAUGGCAUUAACAUUUCACCCGACAGAAAGUACAUCUACGUGGCAGAUAUAUUUGAUCAUAAAGUCCAUGUUAUGGAAAAACAUGCUAAUUGGAAUUUAACCCGUGUGAAGACGCUGCAGCUGGACACUCUGCUCGAUAACUUGUCUGUUGACCCUCAGUCUGGAGACAUCUGGACAGGAUGUCACCCCAAUGGAAUGAAGCUGUUAUACUACGAUCCAGAAAAUCUGCCUGGCUCUGAGGUCCUGCGCAUCCAGAACAUCCUCUCGGAGGAGCCCGUGGUGACGCGCGUCUACGCCGACGACGGCUCCGUGCUGCAGGGGAGCUCGGCGGCGUCUGUCCACGAGGGAAAGCUGCUCGUCGGCACCGUCUUCCACAGAGCUCUCUACUGCGAGCUGUAGCUGCCCGCGGGUAAGGUCUGCUGCUGUGG